CAUAUUGCAAGUCGUUCGAUACUCACAAUGUCUCCACCGCCCCGCGGCGACAUGUUCCAUUGCCCUCCUCUGCAUGCUUGGCAGCGAGAUGAACUCAUAUCAAAGGCCAAGGAGGCAUGCAAGUUUCUCGUUGUCAACGCCACAACCUCCGAGUACAGCCCCAUCGAGACCGUCGUCCAAAACGGCCGCACAGGCCGCCAUGCCACAGUUCGCCGAUCGAACGACAUAACGGAUCCCCAGUACGAAGGGUUCUCAGCGCACACAAAGCUCCGAGCAUCAAUUGACGACGUGGCCGGGUUCUUCGAGCUCGACACGCCCCACAAAGCUCAAGCGUAUGCCCGCAUCAUGGGCGAAAUCGUGCUGGACAAGCGAAGGCUGUAUACGUUGGUGGAGCGGCCGAUUUCCGAUCGCGAGUCGCAGCCGUUGCAUUUCGUGUCGGUGGAAUGGCUCAUGUUGAAGAUGCCGUUGGGGUUCAACACCCGCGAUGUGUGUUACUUGGAGUGUCACGACGAGUUUUCAUUCCACGACCAAGCCACCGGCGACCUGCGGCGCGGAUGGGCACGGUGUACCCACUCCAUCAACUUGGUGUGUUGUCCGAACCUGCAGCGGUCGCACAAUGUAAUCCGCAUGGAUAUCAUACGAUCUGGCCAUGUCUUUCUCGAGUCGAGUGACAGCGGCGUCCUCGACUACUACCGCGUGGCCUUUGGAAAAGCGAACGGCACAAUGGUCAAGCACGUGUCCAAGGCGUUGGCAGAUCGUCACUUGAAGCAUGCGACGGCUAUGGCGCUGAAUUUGGAAGAAUACUUCAUCUCCCAACGAGUCCGCCCGAUGCUAGACGUGCCAGUGGGCCACUUCCAGUCGAAAAAGGCGGUCGAGUACUGCAUGCACUGCUACAACCGGAUUGCAUGGCAUGCCACCAAGCGGCAAUGCCGCGGAUGCGGCGACGUCGCAUGUGCCAGGUGCAGCUGCGUGUGGUACCUUCCCUUGGAUCAGAAGAAGACAACCAAGGUGCAGUUAUGCCACGGGUGUAUCACGGGCGACAUGGACCGCAAUAAGAGGCGGUACACACAUCAUCACCCUCCACCACCACCACCAUCGCCGCACCAGUCCAUGUACUCGGAUGACAACCAAUCCACCUUUGCCGAGCCCAACAACGACCGACCCAGUGUCGCGUCAUCCAUCCACCCGUCCAUAGCCGUGUCAUCGCUGCACCCCCAUUCGCAAAGGUAUUCGUUGCCCCAACGAGCUCAUUCGUCGUCGUGUGUGGUAUCCCUUGUUGGUAGCGAGUACCCUCGGUCGUCGUUUAGCAUGGACACAGACCAAGCCACCGAGUUGUACGUGUUGAGUCCAAGUCAGUGGCGCGUGUCUGAAGACGUGAGCUCCGCUAUCCGAGAUGGCAUGCUCACGUUCCACUCGGAUGCCUCGGCCAUCUACUUGCGCCGGUAAUGACGGCGACUCUGUUCAAGAUACUAUUAAUAGUACUCUGGAGUACUACGUUAGCGUUGGUCAUAUUUUUAAUACGUAGCAGGUGAGUUUGCAAAUGUUAAGCUUACCGUAAAAGAUAUUAUUAAUAAUACUACUAGUA